CGUCACGCGUCCCAUCCUCCGGACAGGUCGCGCGUCGCCUUAACUUCGUCGGAAAGAGACACGACGAAGAAAAUUAUCAUCACACAAUCAGGACAUAAUAUAUAGAUAGAAACCGUCAUCGCUAACAUGCGUAAGUUAGGUUAGACAUUCAAAUCUUUUAAGAAUGUUCCACCAGUGCGCAAGACUUGUGGAACGAUAUCCAUCAGAGGUGAAUCUUACAUUUCUAAUGUUGGGCUAUGCGCUCUACCUGCUAUUGGGGGCAUGGGUUUUCUCUGUUAUUGAGCUUCCACAUGAGUACCAGUUGCGCGAGCAACUGGAGAUUGUCCGACGGGACUUUCUUCGGGAAAACCUGUGCAUAUCCAACGAACAACUCGAUAAACUUCUGACCCGCGCGCUGGAUGCCAAUCAUUACGGAGUGUCAAUGCUCGGUAACGCAAGCGGAAGCAACUGGGACUACACUUCAUCUCUGUUCUUUACCAGCACGGUUCUGACUACUACAGGUUAUGGCCACAAUGUACCACUGUCAGAUGGAGGAAAGGCAUUCAGUUUGUUCUAUUCUGUCCUUGGAAUCCCUGCCACGCUCCUUUUCCUUUCUGCCCUGGUGCAGAGGGUAAUGGUCGUGGUGACACACCGGCCUGUGGCGUACCUGCACCUGCGGUGGAGCGUGUCCAAACCAACGUUAGCUGCCACCCAUGCAGCAUGUCUAUCCUUCAUUGCAGCACUGCUCCUCUUCCUCCUGCCAGCGGUUGUGUUUUACAGGCUGGAGCCACAGUGGAGCUACCUGGAGUCCCUCUACUUCUGCUUCAUGUCCCUCACUACGAUUGGUCUUGGAGAUUAUGUACCUGGAGAAACUCACAGCACCGUUCCCGACUCUUACGGCACGCUUCAUAAGUUAGCUAUUACAUUGUACCUGUUGUUAGGUUUGGUUUGUCUGUUGGUGAUAGUGGAGACGUUUUGUGAGCUGCCACAGGUGGAGAGCUUCUGCAGGAGAUUCUACAGGGAAAAGAGAGGUUCAGCAUCAGAGUCCAGAGACCAGGAGUCCAGCUACACAAAACAUGACCAACUAAGUGACCAACUAACCUUCUCCUCAGUAUCUGCCCAGGCUGCCUACCUCCGAUAGUACAAGACCCUCUCCGUCAGCCAGGUCCCAGCAGAAGCAACAACUCCUGGCAAUAAAAUGGAAUAAAUACUUUUGUGGUGGCUACUGCAAUGUUUCCUUGGCCACUUGAUGCAUGAUGGAUGGAAAUGUUUUAGAUGCACUAAUGGCAUAAUAUCCUGAUGUAAAUAUACG